GUUCAAGAAAAGUUUUCGCAUAUCAAAGGAAAUGUUUUUGACGAUACUUUCCGAAAUUGAAGCGAAAUUUCCACCAUUGAAGGGAGCAGGUCUAACGCCAAAAGACAAAUUAGCGGCUACUUUAAGAUUUUUGGCUGAAGGUAGCUACCAGCAUGGCGUCGGUAAAGAUUGGAAUGUGGCAAUUGCCCAACCGACGUUUUCUGUGAUGUUUCGCCAAACCUUGAAAAUAUUGGAAGAAACACAGUGCCCAAAAAGAAUCACGCUGGAAAUGGAUGACAGAGAACAACAAAAAGCAAGGCGAUAUUUUUAUGAGCAAAGUGAAAUCCCGGGUGUCGUAAUGUGUGCAGACGGCACACAUAUCAAAAUAAUAGCACCAACGGACAACAGGGAUCAAUACUAUAAUAGGAAAGGAUUUUACAGUUUAAAUGUGUUAAUGAUUUGUGACCAUACAAUGGCUAUACGAUACGUCAACGCUAAAUACAGUGGAGCAAAUCAUGAUGCUCAUAUAUGGAGUGUCUCUGGCGUGGAUAACUUUUUUGCCGAGAAAUAUAGAAGUGGGAAUAGAGUUUUUAAAGUACUGGCUGAUUCCGCAUAUCCAUCCAAACCAUGGAUUGUAACGCCGAAAAGAAAUGCAGCUGUAAAUUCUCCUGAAGCUAUGUACAAUAACCGUCACGCAAUGGCAAGAAACGUUAUCGAACGAAGUUUUGGUUUGUUGAAGAACAGGUUUAGGUGUCUGCUGGGAGCGAGGCAGCUCCAUUAUGAUCCGGUUAUCGCGGGAAGAAUUACGAAU